AACGGAUUACUCUCCUGACAGGGUGCUCAGCACCUACAGUUUCAGGACACCACUCCUGUACUCGCUAGGGAUUUGUCAGCGUUUCAGCCAUCAGCACAAAUGAUCGGUAGGGAGUUGCAGCGUAGGUGUGAAAAAACUAAUCGUAGGCUACGGUCUAGCACGGGAGGCCUCCGCGCAGCGCCCUGUUGGAAGGCGGCGUUUCCCCCACGGCUUUUCGCAUGUGCGCGCAGAUGUCAAUGGCAAGCAGCGCUGGCUCGUUAGUGGCCCGGGAGCUGAAGCCCUUGUGAAGUCGCAGCGACGGCAGCGUGCUUUCCUGGGCGCCUGGCAGCCCACAGCGCGCUCCAGGCCGUUGUAUAUUUACCCUAUCUCUUAGUAUUGCAUUUUUUAAACUAAAUGACUGCAAACACUCGCCAGCUGCCGCGCUGAAGCACAGCUCCUCCCCGUGCAGUCCCCAGGCCGGUUCUGGGGUUUUGCACAGGUGUGAGUCACUCGCGGCAGCGGGGCCGCUCCCGGCACCACCGGCAGCUCAGCUGCUCCACAAGGCGCUCCCCGGCCGCAGACCUGGUAGGAGGGCGGACAAGAGGGACGAGGCCGCGGGUCCAGCUAGAAAGUUCCAGUCGGGGGCGAGAGCGGCGAAGCCCCCCGGAGGGCGGGAACCCCAGACAGCUCUCUCUGCACGGCUUUCCCUUGGGGCUCCGCCGAGCCCACGGCUUCCUGGGGCGCGGUGACAGCCUCGCCACUGCCCAGUCCGCGACGAGCAGCGGCACCGCCAGCUCCGGGCAGUGCUCGGUGAGUGCUGAGCGCGGAGGGGAGCUGCCGACCCUGCCGCCGAGCAGCGCCGCGGCCGCCCUCUCCCUGCCUGACUCGGUGAAAAUCAUUGUUUGGCUCCGGCAUUAACUACAUUCCAGCGGGACGCAGCGCCCAGUCUCCUUCCUCGCAUUCCUGCCCCACACAAAGGAGUCCCUGCCUUGCCGCGCCCCGCGCUCCGCUCGCCGCGCCGCAAAGCCCCUCUGGGCCGGCCGCUGCUUUCGCCCCCCGCCCGGGGGUGCGGGCCGGGCCGCGGCCCCGCUGCAGGGCGACCGGCCGGGGGCGGCGGGGGCAGGGAGCCGCCGAGCGCAAAUUCCUCCGCGCAGCGCGCCAUUGACUGGACCGAGCAACUUAUUUAAGGCUGGAAAGUGACACAGGGGCUCCUCGUUUGCGCUCGCCGCGCUUCGCCGGGCGGACCGGCCGCACCGAGGGGAUGCCGCCGGGGUGACUGCAGCCUCGCCUGGCCUCCGCCGAGCAGUCCUCCGGAGAGGGAGCCGCGUCUUCUGCUGUCCCGCCAGGACCGCGGGAAAGGGAUUGAUUUUUUUCGAGGUGCUUUUUUUUGUUCAGCUUUUGUUUUGUGUUGUUUGCUUUUCUAUUUUUUCUCUUCUCUGCUCUGGGUUGUGCUUUCGCAGAGUUCGCCGUUCUUCCCCGCCCCGCGGGGCUCCGGCCCGAGCAUGGAGAAGUACGAGGAGGACAUGGCACUGAAGGCCACCAAGUUCAUGGAGGAUCUGUCCCUCUACGAGCCCUGCUCGGAGGGUCUGUACGGCCGCGGCGGCCGCCGGGACUUGCUGCUGCACCCCGACCUGGAGGAGACCAAGAGGGUCAUCGCCGCCCACAUGACGGCGGAGCAGUGGGGCCGGAAGAUGAACGGCACCGCCGCGCCGCCGCCUGCCGAAGCCGUCCCCGCCGCCGCCCCCUGCAGCAAAGCCUACCCGCCCGCCGCGCCGGCCGCCCCGCUCCGCGCCGCCAACGGCCGCGCCGCCGCCGCCGAUCCGCCGCCGGCCGCGGGCCCGCCGUGCUGCGAGGAGGGGCUGUGCACCCGCUCCGAGGUGGCGCUGCCCUGCUACAGCGGCUUCGCCGACAAGGGCAAGCGCUACUCGGCCGAGGGCUACCGCUACGCCGCGGGCAGCGCCUACGAGGGUGGUGGUUACGUGGCCAAGGGUGGCGGGCGGGCGCCCGGUGCCCCGGACGGCAAGUACGGCUCCGCCAGCCCGCGGGCCAGCUUGGCCACCUCCUCGCCGGGCCCCGCGGCCGAGCAUGGCAAGUUCUCCAGUCCGCGCUCCAGCCUGGGCGGUGCGGCGGCGCUGCCCUACGAGAAAUACUCCAGCCCCCGCUCCAGCCUGGUGGUGCCUGGCCAGGAGAAGUACGGCAGCCCCCGCGCCAGCCUGGUGCAGUACGACGGCGCGGCCCUCAGCCCCCGCUCCAGCUACGCCAGCACGGCCAGCGACACCAGCAAGCACUCCAGUCCCCGCGCCAGCCUCACUAGCUACGACGGCGGCAGCAGCAAGCCCAGCAGCAACCGCACCAGCGGCAUCAGCAUGGGCUACGACCAGCGCCACGCCAGCCCCCGCUCCAGCACCGCCAGCCAGUACUCCGGCACCACCAGCCCCCGCUCCAGCUACUCGGACUCCAGGUACGGGCUGCCGGGCAAUGCCGAGCCGGAGGGGACGGGCGGCGCCGGGCUCGCCCUGGCCAGUCCCCGCUCCAGUCUCUGCAGCCCCGAGGGCCGUGUCGCGACGGGCGCCGCUGUGGUCAGUCCGCGCUCCAGCAUCUCCAGCCAGAGCUCGCGGAGCUCCCGCGGCUCCAUGAGCACCUACCCCGAGCUGCAGCUGCCCUCGCCCCGCUCCUCCCUACUGGCGCCCGGCCUGCAGGAGGACGGCGUCGUGCCCGACCUGGGGGAUGUCUACCACAAGAUCCAUGCCCAGUCCCCGCCGCGGCACGACCAGCAGCACCCGGCCGUCGCCCCCGAGGGGGGCCCCCCCUACGCCUAUAGCCCGACCAAAGGCUCCGCUCCGACGCCCAAAUUCAAGCUCCCCUACCAGGUGACGCCGUGCCGGGAGAGCGGCCCCAGCCAGGCGGAGAGACGGCUGGAGGCGCUGACGCUGGAGCUGGAGAAGGAGCUGGAGAUGCACAUGAAGAAGGAGUAUUUCGGUAUUUGCAUAAAAUGUGGAAAGGGCGUGUAUGGAGCCAGCCAGGCUUGCCAAGCAAUGGGCAACCUCUACCAUACCAACUGCUUCACCUGCUGCUCUUGUGGGAGAAGACUGCGAGGAAAAGCGUUCUACAAUGUCAAUGGCAAGGUGUACUGUGAAGAAGACUUCCUAUAUUCAGGUUUCCAGCAGACAGCAGACAAGUGCUUUGUGUGUGGACACCUCAUCAUGGAAAUGAUCUUGCAGGCCCUUGGGAAGUCCUAUCACCCUGGCUGCUUCCGCUGUGUGGUGUGUAACGAGUGUUUGGAUGGAGUUCCCUUCACUGUAGAUGUGGAGAACAACAUUUACUGUGUCAAAGACUACCACACGGUUUUUGCACCAAAAUGCGCUUCCUGUAACCAGCCGAUCCUGCCAGCACAGGGCUCUGAGGAGACCAUUCGAGUGGUGUCAAUGGACAAGGACUACCAUGUGGAGUGCUAUCACUGUGAGGAUUGCGGCUUGCAGCUGAAUGACGAGGAAGGGCACCGCUGUUACCCCUUGGAGGGCCACCUGCUCUGCCACGGCUGUCACAUCAGGCGCCUCAACAUCAAACUGCCGUCGCAUCCGCCGCCCAGCUACCCCAUGCAUGUCACCGAGCUCUGAAAGACACUGCCAGCGCCAGCAGCAGGGGAGAGAACUCUCCCAGUGACUGUAAAGAUGAGAUUCCAGUAAUGAGCACCCAACCCAGCUAUUUAUUGUUUAAAUCAGAGGUGAAGGGUCCUUUCCUGAUUCUGUCCCUAACGCAGUCGUUCCUCUGGCACCGCCGUCUACUUGAACAGAUCACUCUCCACUCAGCUGUAACUGUCGAGGGCAGCGUUUCUAAAAGCAGUGGUACAAAAGGGCUGUUCUGCACUCCCUGCUCACUGCCCUGCAGCAGAGAGUUCACCUGGACAAGGAGUGUAGAAUUACUUUCCAAAAGUUAGCACCUUAUCAUAUUGCAGCAAGUGUGAUAAGAUAAAUGCUAGCAUUUUAGCUAGUUUUGUUGAAUUCUGGUCUUAGGGAAUGCAGUCUUACAGGGGUUUUGAAACUUAGACUCCCAGUAGUGACUGUGAAGCAAACAGUGUUCUUCACAGGGCCAGUUUGAGCAUGGGUUAAUGAUGGCAUUCUGUGCAGAAGCACCAAGCCAGCUUUCCAGCCUGCAAGGUUCCACAGCUAUCCAAAGAUGAUUUAGCUUGUUAAAGAAAUACUGCAAGCACCUGCCUAAACCCAGCCUUACAGAGGAGUGAAUCCAAAAGAUUGGCACACGCAGGGGCAGAGCAGCUGAAGAAAGUGACAGACUUCUGUAAUUGCUUGUGGUAUACAAAUGUAGCCACGGCUUCAGAAUGCAUUCAUAGCAACGUGAUGAUUUGGCACUUAGCAAAAGAUUCCUCUUGUUGUCUGAUACCGGCUUAGCAAAGGCACCCUUGACGUGCUACUACUUUUUACACAGGCCUGCACUUGUUACCAACUGUAUGUUGAUAGAUUAUUAAAAGCAGAAGGGAACAGUGGGGUUUGUAUUAUCUUUUCAGCUUUGUGUUCUUUUCUAGAUGUACUUUUGAACUGAUAAUGGUGACUGUCUUCAUGGGAAAACAAAGGGCAGUUGAGCAGCAGGAGGAGCGUCAGAUCAUCGCAGCACUGGUGUUCUAAACCAAGCAUUGGCCGUAGCUAGAGUGCACACACUUGGCUGUUUUGCAUCAGCUCUCACAGUAACCUCAGAGCUCUGGGGAAAUACAAGUCUUCCAUAUAGGAAGUGAGAUGAAUCUUUUUUAUGGUUUGUUUUCUAGCAUGUGUCCAUGAUUUAGAUGCAAACCACACAUCUGUAUGUUCCACAAAUUCGGUGCCUUCUCAGGAGAGUUGAUCCAGCCUUCCUGAAUUUACGUUUUAAAACAAAUCCAUCAUUGCUAGCUUUAGCUGUAUCCAAAUUACAACAACAUAAAAAUUCUUCUGCUCCAAAGGAAGUGGAACUAACCAGUCCAGGUUCUCUGCACGUGUAAGUUGGGACAUCUCUGUGCCAGUUCUCAGCACGCUGAGACUCUGCCCGAUCCACUCGGCAGCCUUCCUGCGCUAAAGGCAGCCUGAGGAGCCAGCCGCUCUCCUCUCUGGCACCACCACUGCAAUUCAGUUUCUUAUGCCUCACUGACUUUUUGAAAGCCAUUUGUGAUGCCCUCGAAUAGUACAGAGAGCACCCAAUGGCCACUGAUUCCUAAGUGGAAUAAUUAACUCCCUUAACAGAACUUUUUGAUAGUUUAGACUUUCCUUCUGCAGGAAAAGGGGUGGGGGUGAGGGUGGCGAGAAGAAUUCCUAUGAGCUGCUGGUUUUCUGUUAGUGAAGGACAAGAGGUAUGUGUCCUGAACUGCUGCCAGGCUGCUGCUGGCCUAGAUUAACCUGCCCUGCUGAAUGCUCCUUGGCAAGUCAGAUGCUCCUUUAGAAAGUCAGCUCCUAAUUAAAAUCUCUCUGUUUAUAAUGAACAUAUUUAAUGCGAUAGCCAUCUUCCGCACAAAUACAUUGCAACCCAUGUCCCACUGCUGACCUAGGAGGUCUGGCCUGCAAGCUAGAGGACAGUGGGAGUGUGCACACUGCUGCUUUUGCAAACUUCACCUCUGUGUUCACAGUGACCAGCCCAGCCUCAGAAGGAAGUAAUUCAGACAGUUGCCUCUUGCCCAAAGAGUGGGUGCUGGAAAAGGGGGGAAUAAAAUGGUUUCAACUGGAUUGUCUGACCAGCUCCAUUCCUUAUGGAAGAUAUCAGAGCUUCAGGAUAAACUCUUCCUAUCAGCUGCAAUAUAAUACUUCCAUCAUUUAAGGAAGCUACUUUGGACCACACUUAGCUUUGGGGUAUUUUUACUUUGCUUGUCUUUACCUUCUUAAGUUGUGUUCCUGAAUACAGAUUGUAAUCAUUCGGAUGCACAGGGAGGGUUUGUGUCUGUUCCCCAGAGCAGAUCAUCCCAUAGCAGUACUCAUUGCACUGGGAAAAGGCUUUGCUUUACCAGCAAGGAAGCAGAACCUUCAGAGUCAGUGGCCAGAGAUGAAGGUGACUUAGUCUGGUGUUCAGCCCAGUCUUCUGCCAGUCCCCUCCUUAGCACUUUGCCUCUUUCAUUGGCAAGUUGAGGUUCCACUCAACACAGCAGCCAGCACACCACCCAGCAUGUACGUACCUGCCCUUCCUUGGGUUGGCGCUCGUCCUGUAGAACAUGGUUAAUUCCAUUUCGUGCCCUGUCAGUCUCUUGUAGCUCUACUCACUUCCAGUGUUCAGCAUCACCCUGGUAAAGCCUGAAAGGUAAGGUUUCAACCUAGGCUAAGCAACCUGGUUAAACUCAGGCAGCAGCAGCUGUUGCAGGGUUUCCUAUGGGCAGGUGCAUUCCAUUCUGUAUGAUCAAGCACAGCUUUGGCUUUCCAGCCUUUAGGAGGAAAACUGGAGCUCCAGGGAAAUUUGCCAGGGGUUGGUUGUUGGUUUGAUUUUUUUUGGGGGGGUUGUUUUUUAAUUAAUGAAAAAGAAAGGCAAAUGUAAAAUAAUGUUGUGCUGUACUCUGUAGUGCUGGAGACAGCUUCUGCACGUUGUGCCUCUGCUCUGGGGAGUUACGGACGUGAGAAGGGGAGGCUUCCUCCCAUGCUUUUCUGCAGGAGCCUUCUCAUGGCCAAGCGGUUCAACACAGAUGCAAGCGUCUGAGGUCAUUUUAUGCUGUGAUUGGUCUGGAGAAGCCUUUGCUGUACCUUCAGAAUAUUUCCCUCAAGUUGAAACAAUACCAGCUUGUUCUCGUUGGCAUCAGGGCUGCACCUUUCCCUUUUGGUGAGGCCUGGUACCGGGUCCCCGCAGCACAGAGCUGCUGGGGGCCUUUCAGAGUCCCCCGUGCGCGGGAGGACACGUUCCAAAGAAAGGACCAAAAGAACAAUUUGAGCACAACCCGAGAGAAUGCACUCAGAUAAUGGAGCUUUCAGAGAGGGUUUGUUUGGGUUUCUUUCCUUUUCCUUUCACUCCUGUGCACGUGUGUAUAUAUUUUGUAAGGUGGAGCUUCAAAAGGAAAACACGGUUAGAGGAGCUCUUUAAGACCAGAAAUUCCAGAGUAGUUAAGUAAACCAAAGCUCUAAAGGAGACAAAAGCUGCUUUCUUGUGUUUCAAGAAAAGUUUAAAGGUUUGUGAUUCAUCCUGUAACUAAUGCCAUAACUAGAGUAUAUAAUUUGACUUAAAUUAAGUUUUCAUUUGAGAAAUAUUUUCAUUUUCUUUAAAAGAAUAUAGUUUUCUUCCAAGAACUUGGACCGACGUUGGGUUUUAUUUUGUAGGAGAUAUAUAAAGUCCCAGUUUGUAUAUCAUGUGACUAGUUUACAUGCUGAAAAUACACCCUAGGUUAACUAUUUUUGUACAUACAGCCUUGUAAAACCUUGCCGUCUGCUUCUGUCUUUUAGUCUCUAGAGUGACUUUGUGGUUUUGUGUUUUCAGUGUUUUGAUUCCCUUGAUUGUUGAAGAAAAAGAAAGAAUUGGGAAAUGUAGAUUUAUUUAUCUGAAGAAGAAGCUACUUGCUAUCAUCCUAAGUUAUUUAAUAUUAAAGUCAGAAGUUCCAUUUAACCUUAGAUGCUAUUAUCUGCUUUUUUCAAUAAAGACAUUUUGUAGUUUUCUUUGA